GGAAUAUUUAUACAGUGUACAGUUGAGCCAACUUCGAGAAUAGCAACGCAGUGAUGCAUAUUUCGAAUGUUGGUGGCCAAAUUCCAAUCACAUUUCCCGAUGUGCCUUCAUCCGAUAAAGUGGGCAUUGCAGCGAUGAUUGCGGGGCGCGGGGCCUCCGUUAUUGAUGUAUGCGACGAUUAUGCAUCUGAUCGUCCGUUGACAUUCGGUCGAUCGAAGAUCGAGAUGGCGUUCGACCAGUGAGCCUGGAUACAUUCGGGAAAGGCGUUCGUGAGCGUUGUCGUGGGGCUCGCGUAUCAUGAAGGUCCUGAAGGCGCUCCUCAAAGACAAUGGACUGCUUUCUUCGCACUAUCGGAAGCGUGUAGAAAGCGUAGGCGAUCCGGCGGUUUCCAUUCAAUACGAAGGUCACUGGGUUGCGGCAUGUACGGAAUGAUCGCUUUGGUAUCUGCAACGUUGUGGCUGCAGCGCUGUGAGCUAGGAGGCAUGUACCGCACCGAGGGGUAGAGUGCCUACGUUAGGACUAUCCGAUCCUCGACGAUGGCAGUAAUACCAACGACAGCUCCAGCCUUAGCACAAGCGGAUAGACGGUGCUGGCACCUUGUCUGUAACUGAGGAUAAUGCAUCAUUCACCGAGCACGGAGGCGUGAGGACAAGUUACCGGCGUGUGCGCGCCUCGCCUCUCAGAGUGGCCUUCCGGCAGGUGCCAGUCAAGCGUUGUGCCCAUCCCCUUACCUCGAUUUGACCAUGGAUCUUCAGGACAUCUGGCUAGCAUCUCGAGCGCGGGUGACGCGCAAGACUUUCAAGUCUCUGCAAGAGCUGUACAACAUCGCUGUUCCCCGAUUAAACCAAGCCCAAAAAUCACGGAUCAAGGACUUGAUACGCAGCAACCAGCUCGGGAUGGCGAAAGCAUUCCUUGAGGGUGUUGUGUCCACCACAUCCCUUCCAUGUAUGGAAGGACAGGGAAUUGACGAUCGGCCAGCAUUGUGCGGCUAUAAUGUUGAGUCCUAAUAUUGAUCACAAUCGAUGCGGUCCUAAUGUCUCGGCCAGUCUCAUCCGAACCAUCUGAGCCACUACUGGCAGUAUUUUCAUCAUGCUUGUUGAUCUUCUCGACCAAUCCGAUCCAGUGUUUCGAAGU